AAAAUCUUCUUUAUGUUGUGUAGUCGUUGAAUAUGAAGGUUACAUAAUAGAAACCGGAACCUACUGGUUUUAAUGACAUUUAGUUUAAAAAAAAAAUAAUUUGCUUUCAUAAGUGCAGAUUGUAAAAUUUCUAGUUUACAGUUUUAAUACAAUCCCUAAAACAAAAAAGUUUUCGCGUCUUAUAACAUAAUUGUCAACGGCGACAUGUCAAUUUCGGAAAUUUUUCGGUGAUUAUCGUUUAUAUAGUAAUGUCCUUGUUUUCAAAAACCGGCGUCGCGACGUUGCAUAUAUUCCGACGCAACGUGAACUUAUAUGCCCCAGAAUUUAUCUUCAGCUCCGACAAUGUCGAAAAAUGCAUGAAGAAAUUUCGUAAUAUGCGGCCGAUAAGAUUGCAAGCACAAGAACCAAAUCGUAAAGCAGCUGUUUUAAUACCUAUUUGCGUUGUAAACGGUAAGGUGUCGCUACUAUACACUCUUCGUGCGCCACAUUUGAAAGCCCAUAGAGGACAAGUUAGCUAUCCCGGGGGAAUGCAGGACAUUAAGGAUAAAUCGCUUACAGAGACGGCUCUUAGGGAAACGGAAGAAGAAUUAGGAAUCAAACAGGAGAACAUAGAAAUUUGGGGUACAGGAAAUGUAAUAGUUACUAGGAACGAUAUGGUAGUACUGCCGGUAGUUGGUAAAAUUAAGGGAGAUUUGGCAGAUUCCACCCUUCAAAUUAAUCCUCAUGAAGUUGAAGAAGUGUUUACAGUGUCAUUGCAAGAUUUAUGUCAUCCAAAACAUACUGCUUAUACUCAAUUUCGGAGUUUAUAUUAUUCCUAUUCUAUGCCGGUCUUCUUAGGAGGGAAAAGAAGAAUUUGGGGACUCACUGCUGUUAUAACAAAUGUAUUUCUAAGAGCUUUGUUACCGUUGAAGGCAUAUAAUCACAAAAUACAUUUCAAUCCACCUAUAAAGGCCAAUGGUUCUAAACUGCAGCAAUUUUAGGGAAUGAUCAUUAUUAAUAAAUUCAUUAUCGAACUGUACUGUGACUUACAAUUUUGGCUUUUUUAUUUCUCGUAUACAUUGUACCAAUUUUUACAAAUUAAAUUAUUCAAUCUCUUAACCAUUAACCAUUAUUUAUGAAUUAUAUUUUCUUCAAAAAAUUCUUUUUUUGUGGGUAGAAAAUAAUUAAAAUGUCCCCUAUCAGGGGCGGCGUCCAUCGCCUCUGGGCAAUGAAACCCGAAUUUCAGAAUGUUCAAAUAAGUACUUAAGUAAUAAUUAAAUUAAUAAAGCUGUAAUUUUUGCAAGCACUGAAAUGAAUCAUCAGUUAUCAUUACUCAAAAAACAAUUUUUUGGUCAGCUACCAGUUUCGUUAUUAUUAACGAAGUAUUUUAACUUAUUGACGUUUUGUACAAAUGUUUAGAUUUUUACCUCGUUUGCACUUCAGUAGUUCUGGGCGAAU